CGCAUCCAUCCUUGCGGCUGUACAUAUCGACGCGCGCUUGGACCGAGCGACACAGCGACACUCGUGUUCCUAUAUACGCGCAGUUCGACCGUUUCAGCAGUUCUCGCCGUCUCGAUUGAUCAUAAGUAGACGGCAUCAAACGAAAGUGCGAUGAGCUGACGGCAAUCGAUCGUUGCCCCUUUCAUCUUCAAAGUGCUCCACGUAUCUCUCUCUUUCUUUGCACUGCUUGUGUGGAUUUAUUCGGUCCGAAUUGCGCGCUCAAAGUGACCGUCUUCUUUUUCUCGAAGAAGCUGCGCCAACGCGCCGACCGAUGACGAGGCGAUCGGGGCUCUGUUGUGUCGCUGUCAAAUCUCAGACUGAAUUAGCGUUGGAAGCCACAACGCAGUGAGAGAAAGAGAGAGAGAGAUAGAGAGAGAGAGAGAGAGAGAGAGAGAGAGAGAGAGAGAGAGAGAGAGAGAGAGAGAAAGAGCGAAAGCGAAAACCCACAUCGUGUGCUGAGCAAGAAAAUGGCAGGCGAAAAUCAGCUGAAGGUGUCGAAUGGCACGGUAACGAUAAUCCCAGCGAAUGGUAAAUUGACGAACGGCAAUGGAGUACACAAAGAGCCAGCAACAACGCAGCCGCGUAACAACAAUGGUGUCUCGACAAACGGCAACGGCAAGGAACUUGACGUUGCCGAGAACGGCAAACUCGUCGUCGCUGGCGACGACAAAUCCGAUCUCGACGACGACGAUGAGACUAGUUGCGGCUGGGGUCCCAUCAGACCCAAAUGGCUGCAGAAAUUCGCUACCAAGCAAAUGUUCCUCUUUACGUUUUGCCUCACUUGGGUGCUUCAGGGCAUGUACUUUACGUACUUCGUGUCGGUGAUAACGACGAUCGAGAAGCUCUUCCAGAUCCAGUCGAAAACCACAGGCAUGAUAAUGUCAGCGACGGAGAUCGGCCAGAUAAGCUCGUCCCUUCUACUGACUUACUUCGGAGGCCAAGGCCACAGGCCCAAGUGGAUAGCCUGGGGCAUGAUAUUAUUCGCGGCGAGUGCCUUCACCUGCUCGUUGCCUCACUUUAUCUACGGCGAACUGCUUAUCAAGCAAAACGAGCUCCUCUUCAACGGUGGGACCACCAAUUCCGUGCUCAAUGGCACCAGCGUCAGCAGUCCCGUGCCCGCCAAUCUUUGCACCUUCCUCGAAAAGCCUGAUAAUCUUUCACUCAGCGACUCGAGCUUGGCAACGCGAAUCCAUCGCACCGACACCGCAGAGUACUGCGAGGGUGAAUUCAUCACCGAGCAGCAGACUCAAAGUAAAAUCGUAACGUACGUCCUGAUCACGUUCUUUUUCUCUCUCCUCGGCGUCGGUAUGGGUCAGACAGCCGUGUACACCCUCGGUAUACCCUACAUCGACGACAACGUGGCCAGUCGCGAGAGUCCCCUUUAUUUUGCGAUCACGAUAGGUGUUCGGAUUAUUGGCCCAGCUAUGGGUUUCAUGCUUGGGUCUCUGUGUACCAUGAUUUACGCUGAUUUGUCGCAAGACCCCCCGAUUACUCCCUCGGAUCCGAGGUGGGUUGGUGCUUGGUGGCUUGGUUUGGUACUGAUAUCGUCGAUGCUCCUGUUAGUCAGCGUUGGCAUGUUUGCCUUUCCCACGCGAUUGCCCAAAAGUAAAAUCCCGCCCAAGAAGGCCAACACGAAGAAACCAAAACUUAGAGAUUUCCCCAAGGCAAUCAAAAGGUUAUUGAAGAAUGAUAUUUUGCUGUUCCGAACGGCCAGUAGUGUCCUACACAUUUUGCCGAUAGCGGGACUUUACACAUUCUUACCAAAAUACCUCGAAAGCCAAUUCCGUUUAGCUGCGCACUCUGCAAAUUUGAUCUCAGGUGUUGGAGGAAUACUGGUUAUGGGCUUAGGAAUAAUAAUAAGCGGAGUAUUUAUUUUGAAAGUGAAACCCAACGCAAGAUUCGUCGCUGGAUGGAUCGCGUUUACCGCGAUUGCCUAUGCCAUUGGUAUGGGCAUCCUAAUGUUUGUCGGAUGUCCGAUGAACGACUUUACCGGCCUCGUUACGGACGAGCAGGGAGUAUCCCGUUUCGAGCCCAUCUGCGACGCGACCUGCGACUGCGACAAAAACAAGUUCAGCCCGAUCUGCGGUGCGGACGGCCGAACAUACUUUUCAGCCUGCCAUGCGGGCUGUUCGAAUUACACAGUUUUCGAAGGAAAAGUAGUUAAUUUCACCGAUUGCCAAUGUAUCGCAAAGAAUCACACGAUGCCGGAAAUGGGCGAGGCGAAGACCGGAUAUUGUCCCCUCGAUUGCAAUAACUUCUACGCGUAUCUGAUCCUAUUCUCUGUCUUUGUUUUCAUCCAUUCGACGAGUGAGGUCGGCUCGAUGCUACUCAUACUUCGAUGCGUCGAUCCGACGCAGAAAGCCAUGGCGCUCGGCCUUAUACAAUUUGCCAUAGGUCUUUUCGGUAAUGUUCCAUGUCCCAUAGUGUACGGCGCAGUGGUGGACUCGGCCUGUCUAGUUUGGGAGUAUGCCUGCGGCGAGAAAGGGGCCUGUUGGCUCUAUGACUCCAAUGUCUUUAGGAUGUUUUUCCAUGGUACGACCGGUUCUAUAAUGGCGCUGGCGUUCAUCUUCGACUUGAUAGUUUGGUACAAAGCUGGUAGUAUAAACUUCGUAGACGAGCAAGAACACGAGGGGGCCACCGCUGAGGAGAUGGCCAAUUUGAAUAUGCUGUCGGAGGAUAUUGAAUACCCUCCGGCCAAACGAAAUUCAAUAUAAACAAAAGCAUAAUUACGAUGAAGAACUCUUCUUGUAAUUUACUUAUGUGAUUGGAGCAUCAUCUUCUCUCAUCCGGACAAUUCUUUCAAAUAGUUCAAGAUGAAAAUCCUUAUCGGCAUAGUGAGGAUUUCUUUCGAUGCGCAAGAAACGUUUUUAUUUCUUUGCGAGUGUACCUGCACGAGCGCGUGACUGCGCGUGUCUCAUCCUCGCGAACGAGUCCGUCGGAUAGAAAGCUUGCGGACGCCAACUCGAUAUAUAGUCUUCUUAGACAAGGGGAGGAAAGAAAGAUUAUUUUUUUGAACAUGAGUGAUCAUUGUUUUGUUGACUGAUGAUUUAUUGUUAGCUAGGGACUUCUCUGUUUCUUUUCCUUUCGUCUUUUUGCGUAGCAAUUCUAGGUGACGAUCGUUUUCUUUUCCUUACAUCACACGAGCAUUUUCACUUAAUUGAAGUGCUGAUUGUAGGUUUCAUCGUUUAGUGUACGUGUUUAAUGAAUGAAAUAACUUGUCAACGAAUAAGUCGAUCAGCAAGUUGCGUUUUCUAACGCUCACUCUAAUUAUAGAGUAGAAGGAUUUUGGCGAAUUAUCGACAAAACAAAACAAAAAAUGUACAACGGAGUAUCGCGGAGUAUACACCUUUAUAUUGUACGAAAGCGCAAUGUAAAAGUGCUUUUGCUGAAUUAUUUUUUGAGGAUAAAAGUAAAAGGAGAGAUAUUUGCAUGUAUCAUAUGUAAAUAGCCGAAGAAGAGACAAGGAAUAGUUUUACAGAUUUUUCUUAUUUGAGAAUAUCUUUGCCGAAAGAAAAUCGAAUAUUUAAUCUUUUAGAUAUAAUGUAAUCGAUCAGUGUAAUGUUUUUUAAAUCGUUGAUGUUCACGUGUAACGUUAUUUUAAAUAUUGCCGCAAAGAUGAUUUUUACAUAUUUUUCAUCGAUAUUUUUUUUAAAAGUAGAAAAUUCAUGUCAUUUAUAUUUAAUAAAUUUAUCGCAGAAUUGAACAUCAACGAAGUACGACUUUUUAAUGAAAACGAAGGAGUAAACAUUUAAUAAUAGUUUUUAGCGACGUAAAGAUAAAUCAUUACGACGCUCUGUGUGAUACCUCAGAAAUAAUUUUAGCCAUGUAGUUUAAAUACAGAAAUAUGAGAUGAGAGCGAGAAAGAAAGUGUGAAUGAAAAAAGUGUAAACGUUUGUAUAAAUCGACUGAGGAUGUAUUUUUAUGGGAUCGUCAGGUGUAAAUGUAGUUCUAAGAUUAUACUUAUGUGUAUUGCGCAUAUAGAAGCAUAUAUGUCCUGUUGUAUAUACGUAAGAUUACGAAAAUUUACAACUUAUAGCUAUUUGCUUUAUACUUUCGAAUCAUUUGAAUUGUCCAUACAUUUUUUUGUAUGGAAUUUUAUGAAAAUAGUUAAGCAACUGGUUUAUGUUUACAAAGUAAUAUAUUUUUAAAAUAUCAUAAAUUUUCGAGACUUUUUAUUCAUUACAAAGACUUAAGUCAGCAUUUUAUUAGAUUUUCUUUGAAAGUUUUUUAUUUAAAUGAACUACAGUGAAGCCUAAAUAAAACACGUUCCAUAAACAUACAAAAUUUUCACGUUGAACAGUACAUGUACCUUGUCUUAUAAUAUAUAAUCUUGGCAUAUAUUUGAAAACUUUGGAAGUGGAUUUUAUUUGGAAACUUGCAUUCUAUUUGCAUUUUUAAAAUACCAUAAAAUAUAAAAAAAUUAAAAAGUGUACGAUACUACGAUCUAAACGUACAAAUUAUUCCUAAAAUGAGACAAUUGAUGUUUUCUAAACUUUGAUAUUAAUUAGAACCAAAUUCGAUAAGAGAAAACAAGUUUCAAAUACACGAAUCUCUUAAAUUGUUCAUACAAUGUUCUCAUUUAUUAACAUUAAAAUUAUUUUAUGUAAUUAAAAUUUUAAGAAAAUAGUGAGUUCAGUUGACAAUGUUAAAAUAUGAUGAAAGUGUAAUUCAGUUGAAUUAAUGUGAAGCAGUAGAAAUAUAUUCAAAGACUUGUAUUUUUAUAAUAUCAGAAUUAAAGAUGACUACGUCUUCAAUUUACAAAUAGAAGUGUUGAUAAAAUACAUAUUCAAAUGAUACAAUUUAAGAAUCUUACAAGAAAAGUACCGGUAUUUUUUUCCAACCGAGGAUAAAUACAAAUGUUAUCGUGAUUUUCAGUAGCAUAUAGUCUCUAAAAGUAAAUAUUUUUCUCUGUGCUACAUAUGUUGACGAUCCUUCAUACAUUUCAAAAGUGAUGCAAUUUCAAGUAUACAGAUUAUACCACAAUAUAUGAAACGAAUUCCAUAAAUAGAAUUGAUCGUAGAUAGAGAAAUAAUAUAAAUGUAACAUAGUCUAUUAUUUUUAGUUAUUGACAGUUUCCUAUGAAACUCCAAAUAUGAAAAGUACUUUCCUAAGAUAUUUGAAAUACCAAUAUGCAAUUUAUAAAGAAAAAUAUUCCGAAACAUGUGAUAUACAAUGUGAGAAAAAAAGUAAGAAAUAAACGAUUUUCAUAAAGAAUAAUGGAAAUAAAUAAAUUUAAAAAAGAAAAACUAACCAUGCUACGCAAAAAUAAGAAUAAAUCCUAUUAAUAUAAAUAAAAUGGCAUUGCGCCAUUUUAGAAGAAAGUCAAAUAUCUUGGGAAACAUUAAUAAUACAAAUAAUGAAAAAUGUACACUCCAAUAACAAUUAUAACAUAACUUAUAAUGAAGUGCGGUUUAUAUUUUGAAAGAGCGCAUCGCGAGAAUGCCACUAAAUCAAUUCUACAAAAGAAAUAUAAAAAAUUUACUGUACAUGUAACAAAAUGACUAUAUGCCAGAUUAUUUUUCAAAUUAUACGUAUUCGAGGACUUUAUUUUAAUGGUCGGAAUGAUCGUUGAGCGUAACAAUACUUGCUAGUCUAUGAACGUAAUCGCAUAAAUUUUGGAACAGAUGGAUAAAAAGUGAUGAUAGUGAGACAUGAACGAAAAGCUAGAAUAUGUUUGCCAUUUUUAUAGAAUAACUUUGUUUUAUAUUUAAUUUAUUAUAUUAACUUGCUCGUAAGGCUUAUUGUUAUCGCUGUAAAAAUAUAAUUGUAAUUAUAAUUAUCACAAGUAAUCUUGCUAAAUAUGUCCAUGAAUUGUGAGAAGUAGAUUGUAGCUGAUUGAAUUAGAUUGUUCAAUGUCGGAUAAUUAUCACCUUCAGUGACGUAAAAUUAAGUUUAAGGACUUCGAUAAAAGUUUUUUUGCUUGAAUUAAUAUAAUUAGUAUGGAUUAGAAACUGCUACUUCAAUAUCAAUUUUCACGUAGCUGUAAGUUUUUACGUAACUUGUGGAAGUGUUAUUAUUAUUAUUGAAAAAUGCCAUCACACUUUCCUUGAGAGAUUUAAUUGUACAUAAAUGUAUGAUGAAUUCUUCAUUUUUUUUGUUAUAAGUAUAAGUAAAUAAUUUGUAUAAUACGUCAAUUAUCGUGCUUAUAUAUACAUCUUUUUGUGUGUAAAUGUAGUAUGGAAUUUCCGACCUUAUUAUAAUAAGAUAAACAUAAUGAAGGACUAAUGCGAAAACAAUGUAGUAAAUGUUUAUUUAGAAAACAAAAUGAAUUUUUUUCUCAGCACCGUUUAGACUUAUACACCAUGUUACAAAUACAUGCGAAUAUUUAAUACAUUGCUAAACGUUAAUUCUACAAUUUUAUUUUAAGAGACCUCUAAAAACUCAGUAUAAAAUUUUAUAUUCUAAAAUUCAAAAAUCCUGCAAAAUAUUCAAAAUUAAAUGCUAAUUUGAUUUAUUGUUGUUUGUUAUGACAUACUUCAACGAGUAUUCACUGUAACGUAAUGUUAUUAACCCUCAGAUUAUCGAUUUUAGAUUUUUAUCAAUCUUUCUAUCAAUGUUAUAACUUUGUACUACUAAAAUGGCCUAAAAUAUGUUUUGAUUGACCUCUUCAGUAUCUCCGAACGCUCAAUACAUUACUGAGAAUACAACUUGAAAAACAAAAGUGCAGAUUUAGCACAGAAACAUACAGAUAUUAUACGUGCAAAUUAAUACGAACAUUUUUUAAAAUAAUAAAAACUGCCACUGUUAUGCAUAACUUGCAACAAUUUAGACUGACAUUUUUACUACAGUUUCUCAACGAACUUUGCAAUGUACACACUGCCCUGACUAACCGAUUUUUUUUGAUAAUCAGAGGGUUAAGACUGAUUUAUCUAAUACGUAUAAAGUUGACCAAUGUAUUUUGUAAUUACUUCCGUUGUAUUGUUUAUAAUUACAAUUAACGAAUGCAAAUUUGUUUCUAAUAAAAGGCAAGUGCCAUA